UGGAAUGACUAAAAUCCAAGGACAUUCGUUAGAUACACAAUCUCCCUCACGAAUUAAUCAGUUUUCGCAGCCUCUCACUUUGGAUACAUCAGAACCAACAACUCAAGAACAUUUAGAAAAUUAUACCCAAAACGAAUUGAGACACGAAGAAGCUCAAGAAAUUCCUCUAGAUUUUAGGUACUCAAUAAAAAUUUUCAAAUAUUUCAAUUUUUUCACAUUUAGCGUUAUAAAGCAUGGAAUCAAAAAACAUUUGACUAAAAAUAAAACAAAAUCGGUUAUUUGUACUUCAUUAACAAAUGAAGGAGAAGAAAUCUCAACAUGUUACAAACACAAGGCAUGUGAACAGCCGCUUCCUUUAACUACUACAAUUCCUGAAAGCAUUCCUCCACCUACAGAAUUGCCUCACCCCUCACUUGUCUUUCCUGAGAGAAAAACUGUUUUGGAAAUUACUGGACCUCCUCUUCCUUCCUCUUCAACAAAUUCCCAACAAACUUCAUUCCCUUCAUUUUCUUCUCAACAACUUUGCUGCCAACAUGGUAAACACCAACAACAACAAACGAAUACAAAUUCCUCUUCUUCUAUUUUCCGUCCUCUCGCAAAUUUUUUACUUUCAAAAUCAGAACAAAAACAUCACUAUUUAACUGGAUUGCUUAAUCCUAUUGAACCCCAAUUAAAUUCAAAAGUAUCCGAAGAAAAUGGAAAAGUAGAUGAACAAGUACAACAACCCUCCUCUUCAAAACAAAUUAAUUCUGCCAGCAAAGGCAUCUUUUUAAACUAA